GGGGCGGGGCGGCACGGGCCAGCCGGCCCGGCUGUGCACCUGCGCCUCGGCGGGCUGCCUGGGGCACUGCCAGGCCCCGCAAUGGCCAGGCCGCAGAGGACUCCGGCACGAAGUCCGGACAGCAUCGUCGAGGUGAAGAGCAAAUUUGACGCUGAGUUCCGACGCUUUGCGCUGCCUCGAGCUUCAGUGAGUGGCUUCCAGGAGUUCUCGCGGUUGCUGCGUGUGGUACACCAGAUUCCUGGCCUGGACGUGCUGCUUGGCUACACGGAUGCCCAUGGCGACUUGCUGCCCCUCACCAACGAUGACAGCUUGCACCGGGCCCUGGCCAGCGGGCCCCCACCGCUGCGCCUUCUGGUGCAGAAGCGGGCAGAAGGUGACUCCGGCGGCCUGGCUUUUGCCUCCAACUCUCUGCAGCGACGAAAGAAAGGGCUCCUGCUACGACCAGUGGCACCCCUGCGCACUCGGCCACCUUUGUUAAUCAGCCUGCCCCAAGAUUUCCGUCAGGUUUCCUCAGUCAUAGAUGUGGACCUACUGCCUGAGACCCACCGACGAGUGAGGCUGCACAAACAUGGCUCAGACCGCCCCCUGGGCUUCUACAUUCGAGAUGGCAUGAGUGUGCGUGUGGCUCCCCAGGGCCUGGAACGAGUUCCAGGCAUCUUCAUCUCCCGCCUGGUACGUGGGGGUCUGGCUGAGAGUACAGGGCUGCUGGCAGUCAGUGAUGAGAUCCUCGAGGUCAAUGGCAUUGAGGUGGCUGGGAAGACCUUGGACCAAGUGACAGACAUGAUGGUUGCCAACAGCCAUAACCUCAUUGUCACUGUCAAGCCUGCCAACCAACGUAAUAAUGUGGUACGAGGGGCAUCUGGGCGUCUGACAGGGCCUCCCCCUGUAGGUCCUGGGCCUACUGACCCCGACAGUGAUGAUGACAGCAAUGACCUUGUUAUUGAAAAUCGCCACCCUCCCUGUUCCAAUGGGUUGUCUCAGGGCCCCCUGUGCUGGGACCUGCAACCUGGCUGCCUACUUUCUGGUGCUGGCAGCUCUCUGCCCUCCUUGGAUGGCCAAGAGCAAGCCAGCUCUGGCUGGGGGAGUGGCAUGCGAGGUGAUGGAAGUGGAUUCAGCCUCUGACAGGCAAAGAUGCAGCCCUUGUCAUUUCAGGCUGCUGGACGUGGCAGGGACUUCCAGUUGGGGAGGGGAGAUUAGCUUGCACACUGAGCCCUCUCAGCCUGGUGAACAUUAAAGGUUUUCUACAAAUGCA